AUGCGCUUCGCAGCCCUCGUCCUCGGCCUGUGGGCCACCUUGAUCUCCUCGGUGGCGGCCACCGCGCUGACCUACCGCCUCGAGGCCAACGAGAAGGCCUGUUUCCACAGCUAUGUGGACCAGAAGAACGUCAAGCUCGCUUUCUACUUUGCGGUCCAAUCCGGCGGCUCCUUCGAUGUCGACUACUCGGUGAUCGGGCCCGGCGACAAGGUGAUCCUGGAGGGGACCAAGGAACGUCAGGGCGACUUUGUGUUCACGGCGCAGAGCAUCGGCGAGUACCGGUUCUGCUUCAACAAUGAGAUGUCGACGUUCGCGGAGAAGAUGGUGGAUUUCGAGAUCGCGGUCGAAAACGAGGAACGCGCGCAGCUCCCCUCCCGGCAGGGCGCCAGCCCCGAGCAAGCCUCGGCGCUGGAGGAGUCGAUCUUCAAGCUGUCGGCGCAGCUGUCGACCAUCUCGCGCAACCAGAAGUACUUCCGGACGCGCGAGAACCGCAACUUCAGCACGGUGCGCAGCACGGAGCGCCGGAUCUUCAAUUUUAGUGUCAUCGAGGGCCUGAUGAUGGUGUCCAUGGCCGCGCUGCAGGUGUUUGUGGUGCGGUUCUUUUUCCAGGGGGCGCGGAAGGGGUAUGUUUGA